CCACGCACCACCUCAAGCCCGCAGGGAGUCCCUGCCAGUCCAUAGGAAGGUGGAGCCCCUGAAAUACAGCAAGGCGGCCGCAGCUGCCUCUCUGAGCUGGCAGACCCUCAGGACCGGCAUCCAGAGCACCGUGUCCCUGCUCUCCGGCUGCCUGCAGAACGGGGAGAACGUUGCCAUUGUCCUAAAGGACAUCGGCGUGCUCCUCAUUGACAGCUUGACGUUCCAAAUGAAAUUCUUCUUCGACUUCCUGGAGAAGCUGUCAGGGAAGGAGAAAUUCAGAAGAGCUACUUCCAAGGCCCCCUGGCUGCUGGACACGGUGGUGUCCCGGGUGGCACCGGUGGCCUCCCUGGUGCUCUCUGGCUGCAUUGUGGUCUUUCCCACGUGAGUAUGGCGGUGGC